AUUUUUAAUUUUUGAGCGUACUCAUUGUCCUUCUUUCGCACAGUGUCGUGAGCGACUCUUCUUUCUCAUCGAAGGGGGUUGGUUCCCGGAAGAUAACUCGCUGAGUCCCGGUAACCUGCAUUUUGCUUCCCCUUUUGGAGUCUUCAAGCAUUCGCUUUAGGAAGCUUCAAAAACUCGUUCUUGUUGUUUUGAUCUACUGUUAUGGAUUCACGGGAACCUCCUCAGCCCCCUCAACCGCCGCAACUACAGUCGAUGGCACAAGCACAACAUCCGUCAGCGGCGCCAAACAUGAUGAUGGGACCGACUUCAUAUGGUUCUGCCAUGCCGAACCCGAACACAUCUCCCAUGAUCAGCCCCAAUUCGACGGCCGCGAUGAUGGCCCCUGCCACCGCCGCACGAUUCCCCUUCAACACCAUGGUUCCACAACCCCCUGCUCCGUCUAAACCUAUGGAACAUCUAAACAACAAUGCUAGUCCUUUCGAUGGGUCAUCGUCCGCGAUGAGGCCAUGUGGGUUUAAUAUUGAUUCUACGAAGAAGAAGAGAGGCCGGCCGAGGAAGUAUUCGCCGGAUGGUAACAUUGCUUUGGGUUUGACUCCCACGCCUAUGUCUACUUCUGCUGGUCAAGGAGAUUCGAGUGGUACCCCUUCGACGGAACCUGGAACGAAGAAGCACAGGGGAAGGCCACCGGGUUCUGGAAAAAGGCAGCUGGAUGCUCUUGGAACUGGCGGUAUUGGUUUUACCCCGCACGUGAUAUUGGUAAAAGCCGGUGAGGAUAUAGCUGGAAAGAUUGUGGCCUUUUCAAAGCAAGGGCCUAGGACAGUUUGUAUUCUUUCUGCCAUUGGUGCAAUUAGCAAUGUUACCCUUAGACAGGCAGCAAUUUCUGGCGGUACUGUGCAAUACGAGGGCCGAUUUGAGAUCAUAUCUCUAUCGGGUUCUUUCUUGCCAUGUGAUGAUAAUGGCCGUAGCAGAGCAGGUGGCUUUAGUGUGUCUCUUGCGGGAUCAGAUGGUAAAGUUUUAGGUGGUGGAGUUGCUGGAAUGCUAAUCGCCGCAUCACCAGUGCAGGUCAUCGUGGGUAGCUUUAUUGCUGAUGGGAAAAAGUCGAACUCAAAUAUUCAGAAAUCAGGGCCUUCUUCAGCACCAGCCUCCCAAAUGUUAAAUUUUGGUGCACCUACGACUUCUACCAGCCCUGCCUCUCAAGGCCCUUCAUCUGAGUCCUCUGAUGAGAAUGACAAUAAUAGUGAUUUUAAUAGGGGACCUGGACUCUACAAUAAUAAUAGCCAGCCCAUUCACAAUAUGCAGAUGUAUCAUCCUCAACUAUGGGCUGGUCAAACGCAGCAGUGAAGCAGCUUUAUGACUUCUUUUUUGGCCUGGAAGAUGCUCCAUGACUUUACUAUGCAGAUGUAUGGAUUAGUGGAUAGAUGAGGGUCAAUUCUUGAAUGCUAACUAACAAUAUUGGGGACCAAUCUUAGAAGAGCCUAUCCUGAAGGCUACACUACGAUAUGAUUUCCGUUAUCCUUGUUUUUAGUCUCAGUUGAUUUAGGAAUAUUUUCUUAAUUGAAAGAUUGUCAGCGUUUAUAGCAGAGAAUAUGCUUUCUAUUAUCCAAAUUCUGUUGUGCUGAAUUGCUUUUCCAAGGAUAUUGGAUUUUAUGUUCUAUUUCUUGUACCAGGCCAACUGACCUUGGCAAUAUUUAGGAGGUUCAUGUUUGCAACUUUCAUAGUUGUGUUUGGGGGAA